AUGCCUACUAUUGAACUUAACUGUCUUAUUCACGGUGAUACCCCAGACAUUACUAAUAUUUUUUCUGUUGAAUUGGAUUCUGAAACAACUGUCAACAUGCUUAAAAUAAUUCUUAAAGAGAAAAUUAAAAAAAUGAAACAAUAUCUUACUUUUGUUGAUGAUGAACUUGACAAAAAAUAUAUACACAUUAUGGUUGAAUUGCCAGGUUAUCACCUCACUCUUAUAGGUUGUACUAAAAGAAAUGAACUUGUUCCUAUGGACAAAAUCAUUUUCAAAGAAGGUUCCCUCGAUCUAGAAGGUGAAAUUGUCUGCACCGAUAUAGGAAUUCGAAUCAAAUUCGUCUAUGAAUCUGAAAUACUUAU